AAACUGAGAAGACAAAUGGAGUACCUGUCAGGAACCAAAUAUAAAGGAUUCCCCCUAAAAGAUGGGUUCAGGUUUUUAAAAACCCUAUUAGGAAAUGAUAAUAUAAGGUCAAAGUCAAGAGAAGAUAGGAUUCAUGCUACUGACUUUGUAGCGAUUACUUAUAUAGACUCAUAGAAUGUUUGAAAUAGAAGAGCUCUUUCAGAAAAUCUAGUUUAAACUUUCUGAGCCUCUGUAAAAAAAAUAAUGUCUACUCUGUCUACUAUGAGCAUAGACUGAAAUAAUAGAUGGUAAAGAGCUGUGCAAAUAGCAAUGUAUUGUAUAAAUUCAAAGGAUUAUUAUCUGGUUUGCUUUAUAGAUACAGAAACUGAGGACUGGGGAAGGGGCCUACCCAAGUUCAUACAGCUCAGAUCUCUUGACUCAGAUUAGUGCUAUUUCUGCCACUUCAUAGUCCUACUUGAAAUUCUACCAAAAUGAGAUCUUCAAAGCUCUAUGGCCAUGUGGCUUGGAAGGAUUUUCACUGUGGGAAGAUGUUUCUGGUAACCACGCAUCAUUUAACGACUAUUUACAGGUGCCAAGUGAUAAGGACACAGUGAUGAACAACAUAGUCAAGGUCCCUGCCCUCAUGAAAUAUACAGUGUAGUAAGGGAGAUAAACAAUAAGCUAACAGAUAGGUAAGACGAUUACAGAGUGUGAUAUGUGCCAUGAAGGAAGUAAACACCAUCCAGCACUAGCAAUUUUGGUAAUUUCCUGCUUAGACCUUCUAUCAUGAGAGUCCUCAAAAGACAAGAGAAGCUGCUGUGACCUUAUGCUGUGACUGCCCCUCCCUAAGGGCUGAUUUCUACUACCACCUCCACACAGCUGUCUAUCCAUUCAUGGCACCCUCCAUGGGCUAAGCACUGUGCUCGAUGACAGCCAUACAUAGAUGAUUGGAGCAUAGUGCUUACCACUGAGGAGCUUACCAGGGAAGCAGGGACUACCAACACUAGAGUGUAUGGAAUACUAUACAAGAGGUUACAGAGUACUAUGAACUAGAACACAGAAGUGGGGAUGAUCAACUGGGUGGGGCAUGGAUGGGCAGUAUACUUCAAACAGGAAACAAUAUUGAUGUUGGGCCUUAAAGUAUAAACAAAUAUGAAUUAGUGAGAUGGAAGGAAAUACGUGUAAAGGCAAUGAAGUACUGUAGAAAACAAGACGGCACUGUGAGGAAGAAAAUAAGUCUUUGGAGAAGAAAGUAAGAGCUAAAUCACAGACAGGCCUAGUAAGGAUUCCAGCUUGAUCCUGGGAUAAUAAGAGGUCUUUAGAGUUUCUUGGGGUUUUUUGGAAUGACAUGAUCAGAUUUGCACUUUAGAAAGAGUCCUUUGGUUGCAGGGUGGAGAACCUAAUGGGUAAAGUCCACUUUCCUAAGAGGUAGCCCUAAAUCUGAAGAUAAAAGCAGGCUAGGCUAGCAGGCCAUAAACAGUUGGGAUACGUUCAUUUGAGUCCAAGAGGAAGCUACUGAAGGAUUUUAGGCAAGCAGAAAUAUGCCUGCUCUGUGAAGAAUGGAAUGGAAGGGUGUCAGAGCAAAAGCAGGAGAGUAAUCAGGAGGCAGCUGCAGGAGUCCAGAGGUGAGAUAAUGGUGGCCUGGAUUACAGUAAUAGUAGAGAUGGUAAGAAGUAGUAAGUUUGGGGCUGUUUUUGUAGAUCUUGCUGAUAGACUGGAUGUGAGUUGCAAGAGGAGUCAAGGAUAACUCCCAGAUUUCUGGCUUGAGCACUGAGCAGUCCAGCAGAUGGUGGCCAUUUACUGACAUGAGAACCAGUUACUGAGCAUAUACUUGGUAAACAUAAUUUGUUACUUUAUAUGCUUAAUACAGCUUACAUGUGGCAAGACUGGGCUUCAAACCCAGGGAGGCUUACCACAAAACCAGUGUUCUGAACAGUAUAGAGUGCUAUACAGCUUGUUCCGGGAACUACGGCUGUUGAGAAGAGACGUGGAAAGAAAAUGAAGCAAGAGCCAAACCAAAGUCUUGUAGGUCAAGCCAUGGAUGCAUCAUAUGAUGGUACUGAGGUAACUGUCGUGAUGGAGGAAAUUGAGGAAGCCUACUGUUAUGCCUCCCCUGGGCCACCCAAGAAGAAGAAAAAGUAUAAAAUACAUGGAGAAAAGGCAAAGAAACCCAGGUCGGCUUACCUUCUAUAUUAUUACGACAUCUACCUGAAAGUGCAGCAGGAGCUCCCCCACCUCCCUCAGUCUGAGAUCAAUAAGAAGAUUAGCGAGAGUUGGAGGCUUCUCAGCGUGGCCGAGAGGAGUUACUACCUGGAGAAGGCCAAACUAGAGAAAGAAGGUUUGGAUCCUAACUCUAAGCUCUCUGCACUGACUGCUGUGGUUCCAGACAUCCCAGGUUUCCGCAAAAUCCUGCCCCGUUCAGAUUACAUCAUCAUCCCCAAGAGCAGCCUGCAGGAGGAUCGCAGCUGCCCUCAGCUAGAGCUGUGUGUGGCCCAGAACCAGAUGUCUCCUAAAGGACCAUCUCUUAUGUCCAGUACUGCGCCGGAGACAGUGUGUAGCCAUGCAGGCAUGGCAGAGCAGUGCCUGGCUGUGGAGGCCCUAGCUGAGGAGGUGGGAGCCCUUGCCCAGCCAGGUGCCGUACAGGAAAUUGCCACCUCAGAGAUCCUCAGCCAGGAUGUGCUCCUGGAGGAGGCUUCCCUGGAGGUAGGGGAGAGCCAUCAACCUUACCAGACAAGUCUGGUAAUUGAAGAGACCUUAGUGAACGGCUCACCAGACCUCUCCACCGGAAGCCUGGCUGUGCCCCACCCCCAGGUUGGGGAGAGCAUGUCAGUGGUAACAGUCAUGAGGGAUUCCAGUGAGAGUAACUGCUCGGCACCAGCCACUCAGUUCAUCAUGUUGCCUCUUCCUGCCUACUCGGUUGUGGAGAACCCCACCUCCAUCAAACUGACCACUACGUACACCCGCCGGGGCCAUGGGACAUGCACCAGCCCAGGUUGCUCCUUUACUUAUGUCACCAGGCACAAGCCACCUAAGUGCCCUACCUGUGGUAGCUUCCUAGGAGGGAAGUGGAUCCCAAAGGAAAAGCCAGCAAAAGCCAAAGUGGACUUGGCUUCUGGUGUCUCCUCCAAGGGCUCUGUGGUUAAGAGAAAUCAGCAGCCUGUCACCACUGAGCAAAAUCCCCCUAAGGAAAACGCCUCCAAGCUGACUCUGGAGAACUCGGAAGCUGAAGCUCCUGGGAAUCGUGGUAUAGCGGCCACUAAGACGCCGGUGGUCAAGAGUGGUGUGCAGCCUGAGGUCUCUCUGGGGACAACUGAGAAUGACAGUCCUGGACCAGACAUACCAUCGCCAGCUGAGAGGAGCAGCACCUCCAGUCCACUCCCUGCUCCUAAAAAACCUACAGGAGUCGACGUACUUACACCUGGGCCCAGAGCCCCAGAACUUAAAGGCAGAGCUCGGGGGAAGCCCUCAUUACUGGCUGCAGCAAGACCCAUGAGAGCAAUUCUCCCGGCCCCAGCUAACGUGGGCCGAGGCAGCAGCAUGGGCCUGCCCAGGGCCAGGCAGGCCUUUCCCCUGAGCGAUAAGACUCCCUCUGUGAGGACUUGUGGCCUGAAGCCAAGCACGCUGAAGCAGCUGGGCCAGCCCAUCCACCAGCCAUCUAACACUGGCGAGGUGAAGCUACCAAAUGGCCCAGCCAGCAGGACGUCUCAGGUGAAAGUUGUAGAGAUCAAGCCCGACAUGUUUCCUCCAUACAAGUACAGCUGUACAGUCACACUGGAUUUGGGCCUGGCUACAUCAAGAGGCCGGGGAAAGUGCAAGAAUCCCUCUUGUAGCUAUGUCUACACCAACCGACAUAAACCGCGGAUUUGUCCCAGCUGUGGUUUUAACCUUGCCAAAGACCGGACUGAGAAAACCACCAAGGCUCUCGAGGCGAGCUCACCGCUCCCAGAUGUGCUGAGUGCCACAGAGCCCCUGAGCGCAGCCCAGAGGGAGAUCCAGCGCCAGUCCACACUACAGCUGCUGCGCAAAGUCCUGCAGAUUCCUGAGAAUGAGUCAGAGCUGGCCGAGGUCUUCGCCUUGAUUCAUGAACUCAACAGCUCUCGACUCAUCCUGUCCAACGUGAGUGAGGAGACAGUCACCAUCGAGCAAACCUCUUGGUCGAAUUAUUAUGAGUCUCCAUCCACGCAGUGCCUUCUCUGUAGCAGCCCAUUAUUCAAAGGGGGACAAAACUCCCUGGCUGGGCCCCAGGAGUGCUGGCUGCUGACAGCCAACCGGCUGCAGGUGGUGACUGCCCAGGUGAAGAUGUGUCUGAAUCCCCAUUGUCUGGCCCUGCAUAGCUUCAUGGACAUCUCUACAGGUCUUUUUAAUGUGGGGAACAAGCUGCUAGUGAGCCUGGACUUGCUUUUUGCAAUUCGAAACCAGAUCAAGCUGGGAGAGGAUCCCAGAGUGUCCAUCAGUGCUGUUCUGAAGUCGGUGCAGGAGCAAACAGAGAAGACUCUGACCUCAGAGGAGCUGAGCCAGCUGCAGGAGCUGCUGUGCAAUGGCUAUUGGGCUUUCGAGUGCCUCACUGUCCGAGACUACAAUGACAUGAUCUGUGGCAUCUGUGGUGUGGCCCCCAAAGUGGAAAUGGCCCAGAGGAAUGAAGAGAACGUGCUGGCACUGAAGAGUGUGGAGUUCACCUGGCCUGAGUUCUUGGGCUCUAGUGAGGUAAACGUGGAGGACUUCUGGGCCACCAUGGAGACAGAGGUGAUUGAGCAGGUGGCCUUCCCCGCCAGCAUCCCUAUCACCAAGUUUGAUGCUUCUGUUAUUGCCCCCUUCUUCCCACCACUCAUGAGAGGAGCUGUGGUCGUCAACACUGAGAAAGACAAGAACCUGGACGUGCAGCCAGUACCUGGCAAUGGCAGCGCCUUGGUGAGGCUGCUUCAGGAGGGCACCUGCAAGCUCGAGAAGAUUGGCUCCUACACUGAGGAGGAACUGCGGCACCUACUGAGGCAAUGUGGCAUCCCCUUUGGGGUAGAAGACUCCAAGGACCAGCUCUGCUUCUCCUUGUUGGCCCUCUAUGAAUCUGUACAGAAUGGAGCCAGAGCCAGACAGCCCCCACCUCAUCUCACAGGGGGUAAAAUCUACAAGGUGUGCCCCCAUCAGGUGGUCUGUGGCUCCAAGUAUCUCGUGCGGGGCGAGAGCGCUCUAGACCAUGUGGAUCUGCUUGUCUCUUCCCGCCAUUGGCCGCCUGUCUACGUGGUAGACAUGGCCACACCAGUGGCCCUGUGUGCUGACCUCUGCUACCCAGAGCUGACCAACCAGAUGUGGGGGAGGAACCAGGGCUGUUUCUCUAGCCCCACGGAGCCGCCUGUGAGCGUGUCCUGCCCAGAACUCUUGGACCAGUAUUAUACCGUGGACCUGCCGGAGGCUGAGCACUCUUUCCAGCACCCAGUCACCAAGACUGCCACCCGGCGCAUUGUCCAUGCAGGCACACAGCCCAGUCCUGGUGACCCCAGUGCUGGGCACCACUCCUUGGCCCUGUGCCCUGAGUUGGCACCCUACGCAACCAUCCUGGCCUCCAUUGCGGACAGCAAACCAAACAGUGUCCGCCAGCAGCCCAUUGCCUUUGACAACGCCACCCACUAUUACCUCUACAACCGCCUCAUGGACUUCCUCACCAGCCGCGAGAUUGUCAACCGGCAGAUCCAUGACAUUGUGCAGAGCUGCCAGCCUGGUGAGGUGGUCAUCCGUGACACCCUCUACCGCCUCGGGGUUGCUCAGAUCAAGACGGAGACAGAGGAGGAGGGUGAGGAAGAGGAGGUGGCUGCAGCGGCAGAAUAAGCCAGGCUUUGUACAGGGACUGCACCAUCUCUCUCAAGCCAUAAUGAGGCCCUCGCCCCAGGCAGAUCCAGCCAGGGGACCAGCGGGAGUGUGCACCUGUGGGGAGGGCCUCUGAUGCUGGGCCUGACCAAAGAGCUUCCGUUUCCUGAGCACAGUGAGGCCCGGGGUCCUUAGUUCUCAGCCUUCUGGGGGUGAGGGAGGCACCAGGACACUCCUGACUAGCCUGUAGAGAGCACUUGGGGGACAUGUAUGUUCAACAGAGGGGAAGGCUGGCAGCAGGUAGCUUCCACGGGGCCUGCUGCGGGUCAGGCUGGAGGUCCUGGGGUGGGCUAAGGUGGAGUCCAGCACUAGGUGGGAAAGCUGCUGAGGUACCCCUUCCCACCCCUGGGAAACGCUGUUUCCAGCCCCCGCAGCCACACGAGUUCCUUAGUUUGUUGCCUUUGACUCGAGGCCUCGGGGGCCUCCUUAGCUCUAGGGUCCCUUUGGGCUCUUGUUUCUCCCAGAGGAGGGAUGACGUUUCCCUCUAGCUCUUCCUGCCCCAAAUCUGGGGAAGCUGAUGAGGGAGAACCGGUCGGCCACAGCUCUCUCCCAGGACUGUCCUCUCUGCCCCGGGCUUAGAGGAAGAGGAUCCCUUCCUCCCUUCCCUGGCCAUUGCUGCUGCACCCUCUGUCCUCUCUGGGCCUGGACCCUCACCACAGAGGGGAUGUGGCCAGUGGGCAUGACAUAACCUGGCGGCAGUAGGAAAAACUCCCUUCUGUGAAGGGGAAGCAGACUGGGCCGUAAGGAAACAGCAGGACUGGCUCGAGUGCCCAAGGUUUGCUUAGGGCACGAGAAUUGGCCAUGUGUUACUUAACUUAUUGAGAGGAGUGGAGUAGGUGGCUUUUUUCCCCUCCCUCUUCCCCCGACAAGAAUAAAGUUUAUUAAAUUAUCUGGU